AUGCUCUCAACCACUGCUGCUGCUCAGCUUCCAAGUUGUUGCUGGUACCGCAUUCCCAGCCAUCUUAACGGCGAUCAUCAUGUCCAACAAAAGAGAAAACUCACCACUCUAUCACAUGCCAAUGCAGAUAGCCAAAUUUCCCUCAGAAACUUAUAUGGUCUAAGUCUUUCUCAGACCCACAAUUGCAGCAAAGGGAAAGAAAGCAAUAAGCAAUCUAGAUACAAUUCCAAUUUAAAUCAGAACCACAAACAAUUAUUAUUUCUACAGUUCUUCCCGGACAGUGACACAGAAGACACCAAUAAUCAAAAUCCAAGAACUAGAAACCAGUAUCAACAUCAAGUAGACAAACAAGCAGAAUUCAAGGAAAAUAACAAGAACAGGCUUUUCACAAACAUGUGGUGGGUAGAUGUCAAAGCAGGACUUGGCCAAAGAAUCAAUAUGGAGGGCAUUCUAUGUUCAACUAUGGUGAUCUUAAAAGACCCAAAAUUGGCAAUGCCCCAUAUUUCCGUUCCUGAUAUAAGGUAUGUUGAUUGGACUGAGCUGCGCAAAAAGGGAUUUAAGGGAGUUGUCUUUGACAAGGAUAAUACUAUUACAGCACCUUACUCUUUGAAGCCUUGGCCACCACUGGAGUCUUCAUUGGAGUGUUGUAAAUUGGAGUUUGGUCAUGAUAUUGCUGUCUUUAGUAACUCUGCUGGACUUCAUGAAUAUGACCAUGAUGGUUCAAAAGCUAGGAAGCUUGAAGGUGCAAUUGGAAUUAAAGUCAUCAGACAUAGGGUGAAGAAGCCAGCUGGUACAGCUGAAGAAAUUGAAAAGCAUUUUGGUUGUGAAGCUUCACGAUUAAUUAUGGUGGGUGAUCGGCCAUUCACUGACAUUGUUUAUGGCAAUCGGAAUGGAUUUCUAACUAUUUUGACAGAGCCAUUGAGUCCUGCGGAGGAGCCAUUAAUUGUUAAGCAGGUGAGGAAGCUAGAAACUUCAUUUGUAAGGUACUGGUCCAGAAGAGGGUUGAAGCCACUUGGCCAGAAACUGUUGCCAGAUCCAAAGCCAUGUGUCAAAGAGCCAUAUCCUUGA